GUUGCGCCAGCGCCACCACAAUUACAAAGAGUGAAGCACCGCUUCACAAGCCUCUCCUCUUGAUUCCAAGGUUGAUGAGAGGCCUGUUAGCGAAAGCGAUGGGGGAGAAAGAGGAAUUUAUCGUUAGCACUUCGUCCACAGCCAAGGAGAAGAUGCUGAUGAACUGCACUCAAAAUGUAAAAUUCAUCGCAGAAGCAGCUGAAAGCCACGAGCUAUGCUGCACAGACGUGAGGGUGGUGUGCGGACAGGGAUUCCACACGCAGGGGUCGUCAAAAUUGACUUACAAGAAUAUUGUUGAUUUUAAUUGGGAGUCCCGCUAUUGCACUGGUCAAAUGAUCGCUGUCCACUGCCUAGGAAGAUAUUUUGCCUACGGCGUGAUCGUUUCAAACAUUUCAGCCAUCAAAGGAGAUAACAACGGUGUUCUUCGCGUAGUGAGCGAAUCAUCGGGCAAGAGAGGCUUAAUUCGCGGACUGAAGGGGAUUGUCCAGGACCUGGCUUUUUCUCAUCUCAGGGAAGAGGUCAUUUUAGCAUCUGUCGACACUCAAGGAUCGCUUUUCGUUCACGCCAUAGAGGAAGGCACUUCAGAUUUGGCGUGUCAGUUGCUUCUUCAUGUUGACAAAGUUUGUAUCGCAAGCAACAUUGUUCACCGAGUGGUCUGGUGUCCUUACAUUCCGGAUGGAACAGUGGACAAAGAGGUCGCUGAACUGCUUGUCCUCACCAGUGGGCAGAAGGCUGAAAUGUGGUGUGUGCCCAUGGUCACUGCAAAAUACAGUGCUGGACCGUUGAAACCAGAGAACGUCACCGAUGGAGUCUUGAGAGUUCCUGAUUUUGAGCACACCAUCACUGAUGCUGCCUUCAGUCCAGACGGUACGGCGAUUGCCAUUGCCACGGCAGGAGGACUUGUCAGUUUUUUCCAGGUGUACAUGCACAAUAAAGCGCCACCUCGGUGCUUGCAUUCGUGGACUCCGCACAACGACCAGCCUCUCUCCACUCUGCUGUUCUUAGACAAUCAUCAAGAACACUCACCAGAGAUACAGUUUUGGAAAUGGGCCCUCACCGGUGCCAGGGACAACACUGAAAUUAAACUUUGGGCAUGCGAAACAUGGGCUUGUCUUCAGACAAUUAAUUUUGAGUUGGGCCCAAAUCUCAGUGCACCUUCUACCAGCAAGUUGGUCCUCAAAGCAGCCAUUGACUUGUCUUCCAAGUACUUAGUACUUUCUGACAUCAACAGCAGGAUGCUCUAUGUGCUCCAAAUUCAAACAGACCACAGUCCAGCUCAUGUUUCACUAGUGUCAGGAUUCAAAUUGCACCACCCAGCAAUCAGUUUUGCAAUUGUAGAUGCGGGAAUCAAAACCAGAAGAAGAAUUCUAGGCCGUGAAGACAUUCAUUCUAGCCAAGAUGACGAAGAUGACGACGACGAAGACGAUGUGUUAAAGGCUACCUCUUGUGUUGUAUUGAAAAAGUACAUCGUCGGACCCAAGUCUCUGCAAGAGUGUGAACUUGUGUUUGAGCCUAUUGCUGAGCCACCUACUAUUUCUACCGAAACUCUUGACUUCCCUAGCGAAAUGCCAAGUGAUAUUUGCGAGAAAACAAUGAUAGCAGCCUCCAGCGAAGGUUCAGUCAACACUUCAAUUGCUGACGCGCUGAAUACCAGUGCAGCUAGUAUUCAGAGUUCCAGUAGCUUGAACUUGAUGACUCCUGAGGCAUUCACCUCACCCAAAACGAGGCAAGAAGAAAGCCCAUCAGCGGCUUCAACGAUCAGCACUGGAAGCAAUAAGAAGGCGCUGUCAACUCCUCCACCGAUCACAUCGUCAUCAGAUGUUGCUGCUAUUCUCACCAAAUUGGGUCAGAUGUCUGUGGAUGAGAAAAACCUGAACGUGGAAGAAUCUCUCAACACUCGAGGAAGGGAUGCCGGUUUGGCCAGUGGAGGUAGCAGCCCUAGUCGAGAGGUUCAACAAAUCUUGUCUCAAGAGAAGGAUGGAAGCCUUAGUGAUGAUUUUUAUGAAGCUAAAGAGGAUCAGCAUGAUACAAGCAUGGAUGACAUAAAUAUUGAGGGGAAAGAGGAACCAAUUGCUGAAAAAGACAGCUAUGAUUGGCCUCAAAUACCUCCAAUACCUGAGAUGCCUCCUAAUUUACAAGAAAUCAAUACAGAAGUGCCAAGCAUAGACAAAAUUGAAAUGCCUACAAUUCCGAGUGUACCCAACUUGAUGCCGUCACCUCCGACCGUUUCGCCCUUGACAAUUGCUUCCGCACCAGUCAUCAAAGCUGAAGUGCUUGAAGCCGAUAUUGACUACAACAAGGAGGUUCUUGAAGAAUUGCGAUCAAUGCAGAGAUGCAUGCAAGCGCUCACCACCAUCAUUGAGGAACAGCAAGUGCAGAUCAAAGAUCUGCAAACGCAGGUUCUCAGGACAGUUCCUAGGAAAGAUGUGUUGGAAAAUGCUGCCACAGUCGCUCUUGAAAAAGCCCUUUCACGGCAGUUGAGUCGCCAAUCCCAAGGGAUUGAGAGCCAGAUCAAACAGAAGCUGACUGAAAUGGAAAAUUCUUUGGUCAACUCAUUCUCUAAGUCUAUUGAUGUGCAUGUGUACAACAAGAUGCAGAUGGUGUUCGAAACAGAGUUCCAGAAGAUGAUCAAGCCAAGCGUGAUCAGUAACAUGGAGCACAUCAAAGGGUUAGUGCACACGGACAUUGCUCACAGGAUGCAAGCUGCUGAAAAGGCCUUGAAUGAGUACAUUGGCAAACUUGUCCACAGCAAGCAACUUCAUGACCAACUCGCCGCCACUGUGACAGCUUCUCUCCAGAUGAGCAUGGCUUCAUGUUUCAAAGACGUGCUUCUGGCCACCGUUGUGCCAACAUUUGAAAAAACCUGCAAGACGUUGUUUGCUCAACUUAACGAAGCGUUCUCGCGAGGAACCUCUGAACAUUUGGCUGCUGUUGAGGCACAACUUGAGAAGCAGCGUAUGCGGAAUCACGAGAAGUCCCGCGAGACGAAUUCACAAAUAGCUGCUCUUGGAGAGUCUGUUCGUUUAGGAAAUGACACAACUGCCGCGAUGGUGAGAACAGAGUUGCACACGGCCUUAUCAAACAUCACAAUGAAUCUGCAGGAAUCUGUCAUUCGAGCUGCUCGAGAAGCCGUCAAUGAGUCUGUGGGCAGAGCCAUGCGUGAACAUUCCUCCACCAUCACCUCACGCCCCGACACCCCUCAAACCAGAAGCGACCCCCAGGCUCAGCUCACUGCCAUACUGACACUCGUCCAACAGGGUCAGCUGAACAGUGCUUUCCAGCAGGCGCUGUCAGCCUCUGAUCUGCAGUUGGUGGUCAAGCUGUGCGAGAGAGUCAACCCACAGCAUGUUUUCUGUUUGAACCCCUGUCCUCUGCAACAAAAUGUCCUGCUCUCCCUCAUUCAGCAGCUGUCGGCUGACCUUACCACCAGCACCGAUUUGAAAGUCAGGUAUUUGGAAGAGGCUGUGGUGAACUUGGUGCCAGACAGCACUGAUACAAAGCAGUAUGUGCCCAAUAUAGUGGUUUCCUUGCAAAAACAGCUGAACAACUUCAUCUCCAUGCAUCCCAACGAAAAGGUGGUGCGAUCAAUGAAAAUGCUUCUGCUAGCCACACAAGCGUUGGUUCCCACCAAUAAGUAUUGAAGUGACUGUUUGAAUGAUCGGUACGUGUUGACUGACUCAUGGAUUGAUUUCCUUGUAAAGUUUGUAAGGUGCUACUUGGUUAGGAAAAAUAAUUUAAGGUUCAUUCGACUUUCCACCACCUAUGUACCUUUGAAUUCUCAAAUUAAAACCUAAGUUUGCAAAUUAAA